AUGAAAAAGGAUGAAUUGUUAUAUCACGCGAAAAGGUUAAAUUCACAUUUAAAUGCAAACAUCAAAAUUGCAAAAAGUUAUAAAAAGACAGUUAUAAAUAAUAACUUAGUAUCAUACUUGGGGUCAAUCUCAAAAGAUACCACCAGAGCAAAUCAGGCGCUUGAAAUUGUUUUAUCAAAAUGGUCCCGUAAUACUAAUACAAAAAAGAUCAGUGAUAACAUUAAUAUAAAUAACAAUCUUGCAGGAUUGUAUUCAAACAAUGAUUUAAGAUUUAAAUCAUCUCCAUUUUAUAACAUUAUUGAAAGAUUAUCACUACCAAAAAUAUGUUCUGUUGAAUUCCCUGAUUCUUGUGAAGUUAGAGUCAAUCAUAAAAUGUCACCUUAUAGAAAGAGCAGAUCAGAUGCACAACCUCCUCGAGACAUCACAGAUUUAUGCAAAGUAACUUCAGCACAUGUAAAUCAAGUCCAUUUUGGAUUUGCAGGCACUUCAAAGAAAUACUUGAUAAUUGUAUUGUUGAUUAAAACUAUCUUAGUUGAAGAAAUUGUUGAUAAGAUUAAGAAUGGAAAAUACAUUGAAAAAGAAGCUGUUUUAGAAAAAAUUAAAAAACAAAUUCAAGAUUCUGAUGUGGUUGCAACUUCAAGUAUUAUCUCAUUAAAAGAUCCGUUGGGACAAUGUAGAAUAAGCAUACCUUCAAAAACUACUGAAGAUCAAGAAACAAUUUUAAUUGAUUCAAAUGGCAAUUGGUCAGAAUGUAAAAAAGCCUAUAAACUUCACGAUAUUGAUGAAUCUGAUGAUACAUUUAAUAAACAUUCUCCAAAUAAAAAAAGAAAGAUAGAAAAUAAUAUUUUCAUUGUAGAUUCAAGUGAUGGUGAAGGCGAGGAAAACAAUUGUGGUGUUAUAAAUAAAAAUAAUUCAAAUAUGGAGAAUGAAUUAAAUUUUAUUGAUCUAACACAAAAUAGUGAUGAUGAUGAAAAGGAAGAGAGCAAUUUACACAUGAAAAAACACAAUGAUUAUAUUAGAAGAGAAUAUUUUAUUGGAACUAAAGAAUAA